CGAUGUCUUUUUUUGCUACAAGUAAAUCAUCUUCUCGCGGAGAACAUCUUUGUUUCAGCCGGUCAUGUGACGUAGAGCGGCGCGCUCCAUGAUACGUCAUCACGCACGGAGCUGGAGACAGAGCUGUGUAAAUUGAGUUUGAGGCGGAAUGACAGUUAGCGGUCUGUACACAACCUCACAUUAACUCUGUGAAUCGGGACUGGGUCGAGCUCAGAUAAGGGCUCGAUCAUGAAUCAUGGUGACAACAGCAGUGCAACAGCAGAGGAUGAGGCAGAUAGCAACCAGCAGCAGCCUCUCAUUCUGGAAAGAGUGGAGAAAGAAACCAAAAACUUUAAAUCCAUUGUGUCCCAUCGGCUCAAAAAACACUGCUCAUGCACCCCAAAGAAAGCUAAAUCCAAAAUACUGGGCUUUGUCCCGAUCCUAAGAUGGCUGCCACGCUACCAACUAAGAGACUGGUUGCUGGGCGAUGUCAUGUCAGGACUAAUUGUCGGAAUCCUAUUGGUUCCCCAGUCCAUAGCCUACUCCUUAUUAGCCAGUCAGGACCCCAUAUAUGGUCUCUAUACAUCAUUCUUUUCCUCCAUCAUCUAUGCCCUCUUAGGCACCUCUAGACACAUCUCAGUAGGGAUCUUUGGGGUGCUCUGCUUGCUUGUGGGUCAGGUUGUUGAUAGAGAGUUAGCUUUGGCGGGAUACCUCACAGAAAGCAGCAGCAGCCUCAGUGGUAACAACAGUGCAAUCCUGCUGGCUGGCCAGAGGAACGACAGUGUUGCUGUUGGUUGUGACAGAAGCUGCUAUGCAAUCACAGUGGGCGCUACAGUUACCUUUAUUGCUGGAGUUUACCAGGUCCUAAUGGGACUUUUCCAGGUCGGUUUUGUCUCUGUCUACCUCUCAGACUCCCUCCUCAGUGGUUUUGCUACAGGAGCCUCCCUUACCAUCCUCACAUCACAGAUUAAGUACCUUCUGGGGUUGAAGAUCCCCAGACCCCAGGGCUGGUUCACUCUGUUUAAGACCUGGUACAGCCUGUUCGCCAACCUGGGAAACACCAACAUAUGUGACCUGGUGACCAGUUUGGUGUGUUUGCUGAUACUGAUACCUACCAAAGAGAUUAAUGAUCGCUUUAAAGCCAAGCUAAAGGCUCCAAUUCCCUUCGAGCUCUUCGUGGUCAUAAUUGCGACACUGGCUUCUCACUUCGGUCACUUCAACACAGAUUAUGGGUCAGGCGUUGCUGGUGAUAUCCCCACAGGCUUUCUCCCUCCCCAGCUGCCCAUGUGGUCCCUCAUCCCCAGUGUGGCUGUUGACGCUUUCUCCAUCGCCAUUGUGGGAUUUGCCAUCACUGUCUCCCUGUCGGAGAUGUUUGCCAAGAAACAUGGCUACACAGUGGAUGCCAACCAGGAGAUGUAUGCCAUCGGCUUCUGCAACAUCCUGCCCUCUUUCUUCCGCUGCUUCACCACCAGCGCUGCACUUACAAAGACCCUCGUCAAGGAGUCAACAGGGUGCCAGACUCAGAUGUCUGGGCUGGUCACCGCCCUCGUCUUGCUGCUGGUCCUGCUUGUUAUCGCGCCACUCUUCUAUUCCCUUCAAAAAUGUGUAUUAGCCGUCAUCAUUUUGGUUAACCUCCGCGGAGCUUUAAAAAAGUUUACUGAUGUUCCCCGUAUGUGGCGUGUCAACCGUGUAGAUGCCUCUAUCUGGUUGAUCACCAUGGCUACCUCAGCUCUAGUCAACACAGAGCUGGGUCUCCUCGUGGGGGUUUUGGUGUCGGCCUUCUGCGUCCUGGGCCGGACCCAGCAAGCCCAGGUCCUGGAGCUUGGCCGGGCUACAACCAGGGAGCAUUAUGAGGACCUGUCAUCUUACCGUGGCCUCCGAACACACCCUGGAGUGGCUGUCUUCAGAUAUGAUGCUCCAAUAUAUUACGCCAACCAGAGCUUAUUCAAAAAGUCUCUCUACAGGUGUGCCGGGCUCGAUCCUGUGAAGGAGAAAACCCGGCGUAUUAAGUUCCAGAAGAAGAACAAACAGCAGGGAAAGACUAAGGGAGUCCAAAACAUGAAGUCAGAGGAGAAAGAGGAGGAGGUAGAAGCUGGUGCCACUGUAACCUUGAUGAACUCCUCCCGCAGUAUACGCAGCUUGGUGAUCGACUGCAGCUCCAUCUUGUUUCUAGAUACUGCUGGAGUGAAUGCUUUGAAAGAGGUGCGCAAAGAUUACGGAGAAAUGGGGAUCAAGGUUGUCCUGGCUCAGUGUAGUGCCUCUGUCCUGGAUGAUCUGGAAAGAGGAGGAUACUACCCUGACCAAAAAGGAUGUGAUGGAGGGGAUAACAACAUGAUAUUCUUCACCAUCGCAGACGCCAUCUACUACGUCCAAAGCCUCCCAACUCCUAAUGGAGAUUAUGACAACAAAUGCUAAAGAGAUAAUCUGUGUUUACAUGUGUGCAGUUUAUAUCUUACAUAACGCAUAAAGAACAAUCCAUUUUUACCUAUGUGCCUUGCAAUGCAGAAAUUGCUCAAAUCCGCCUGAGUGUAGUUAUCAUGCAGCUAUCCUUCAUAACUGGAGCAGACAAUCCUCUAUUUAAUACCAGUUCAGUGUGUUAAAAGUCCUCCUUAUCUAAAUGGACUCUAAGUACCGUAUACCUCACAAUGGCUAUAUCUUUACUUCACUAAUGUUGAGUACAGUACACAGUACUGAUUAUUUUUCUAAAUCUACUGUAUAACACAGUAUAUUUUUAAAAAGGUGGUGUUAAAGUUUGGAUUUCACUAUUAUAUAGAAGUUGGUUAGCAUUUUUGCACUUUCUCUUGUUUUGAAGUUGGUGAUUUUUCUGAAUAGGUUUUUGGUUAAAUGGCUGAAAUAUAGUCAAUGGUUAACACAAGCUUUGGAAAUGUUUCCCUUUUUGUACCAAAAAUAUGGCUAAUAGUUAAAUGAGGUUGUCGGGGUAUAUUAAACGUCACCACAUCUAACACAGAGAUUCAUCUACUCACUGGUCCUUCUUCACAACAUGUAAAUUGAUCAAUUUGUAAUUAAGUGUGUACGGUAUAGUGUAGUAACUGCCAUGUAGUGGGUUUUGUAGCCUAACUUUAGCUCUGUAUUUAUGGUUACUGCAUGUAUGCGCCAAAAAUCAUGAAAGUUAUCUUCAUCUGUGAAGAUUGUCUUGCAGAAAAAAAAAUGUGCACGUUUCACAAACAUUUGUCUACCAAAGACCAUAUUUUUGACAAUCAUCCAAAGUCCAAUUUAAAUGAAUCCCUUGCAACAUUUGUCAGGGGAACCAGGGGAACCUCCAGCUUAGCCUUCUAAAACACGUCAUCCCUGCAGUAGUCUUUUAAGUCACAUGACUGAACAUUUAUGUACUGUAACUUAGGGUAGCCCAUAAUGUCGUUUUCUGUAAUAGCGGUGAUAAUCGAGGGAAAGGUAGAUUUUUCCUGUGGGAUAGGCAUGUUGACAAAACCAUAAAGCAGUAAAUGAACUGGCCAGGGCAUAAUGGGUGAGAGUGCUUUACUGAAGCAGCCAAUCAAUAUUGUGCUUGAGUUCCAUUUUGCAGCCUUCAUGUAUCUGCAGUGGCUUUAGUGACGCCUAUGCUGCACAAAUGUAUGUUUUAAAUGUUUUCAUAUCAGGUCCUUGUAGACAUGAACACCAGCAAUCUUUUAAUGUUACAACUGGCCAAUUUCCUCCAAAGAUUAAACUUGUGAUCUACAGUCUUUUGUUACCUUAACUUUAGGUUUCAUCUGUUAUUUAAAAAGAACAAAGGUCAUGUUUUUAAAGGGAGCAAUCUCAUUUUGGAACAAAUCUCCUCAGCUCUGCUUUUAAGGCUAUGGUGUAUUUUACAGCCUGGCAGGCCUGUGCUGGAUGUGUCACUUUGAUGAAGUGCUUUCAAAGUGUUUGCUAAAGGCGACAACAUAACUGACAUAGUUUAAGCUGCUGGUGCUAUAGCUUAGUAAAUACAGCAGCUGGGUAAUACAUGGAGCCAAAGUCUAAGUUAAAAACAGUUAUGCAGUGAGUGUCAUGUGAGAUUUCCAUUUGCAGUUUAAUAUAAAUGAAAGUAAUUAAGUUUACUAGUAUUUUUUUAUUGUUAUAAUACCAAAUUGCUUGGAGUUGGCUACAUGAGAAUGUGCUUGUGUUCUCAAGGUUUCCUAAGGGAGUUUUUGACCUGUAGUGGUGCUAUGGAGGCACACUUUUCAUUUAGAAUGGGUUUUCUGAUCUGUUUGUCACAUGCAUGGAUGAGGAAACACAUAGUCCUGCCGGUGGUUUCACACUAUUCCAUUAAUUUCCAAUGUAGUAAUGUGUUAAAAUGCAGCAGAAAUACCAACAAAAGAUGAAGACAGCUGUUUGGGUGGACUGCUCCUUUAAGAUUGGCUUCGCAAUGAUUUAUGAGGAAGGCUAUGAACAUUUUCUUUCACCCCAAGAAUACGUAAAGUGCAUUUGAAAAAUACUAUUUGUUUACUAGAAAAAUUCUACAGGGCAACCGGCCCUUUUCUGCCAGAGGGUGCCUGGUAGGCCGUGUGUGCUUUAAAACAACAUGAGGCCUUAUAGAGCUAGAACACAGGUUUUGCUAGAGGACUUCACAGACGAUUAAAUAUGUUAUUCUGACUGGCAUGAAGUUUGAACAUGAGUUUUCUCUUUAACGCAAAUCCUAAAGAGAUGAUGAAACCUGCUGUGGAUGAACUCCUGCUCUGUUGGCUUCAUUUGUGUUUGUAGCUUUAGGUCUUUCUGUUACCAAAUAUAUAUUAACAAUAUAACAAUUCCAUAAGUAGCACAUAAAUAAUAUAUAUAAACAUAUUAUUUAAUAAGGUUAUGAAUAAUAAAUAAUAUAAUAUUUAAUAAUAUAUACAUAUGUAUUAUUUAUGUGACACUUAUGGAAUUGUUACAAGACGGGGGAGUAAAUAACUGGAUGUGGGGGCUUCAGACACUUGAUUUGCACUCUACGCUGCUUCAGUUGUUGAAAAUGAUGCAACUCUGUUUUGCUGUGAAGCUUCAGGAAUGUUUUGUGGGCUAAGAAACUUCAUCAGACUUUCCAUCCGCAUGAGGCUGAGCAGAUAAUGAAAUAAAAAUGAAUUUUUAUUUUUGGGUGGACUGCUCCUUUAAGGUUCUAGAGUUACAGUAACUUUAACCUGCCUGAUUGUCCUCAAACGUGCCAAUAAUGUACAAGUAAAAGUCUAUUUCAGGUUCAGGUCUAUUUUUCUUUACUUGUCUAUUCCUCUGUGUUUUUGACACUGUGGCAUUUUAUUCUCCUCUGUGUCACAAAAUCAUGUGAAACCGCAACAAAACUACUGAAAAAUCCUGAUGGUCAGAGCAUUCCAAGGUUCAUGUAUCCCAUAUUAUUGUAUCGAAGAGAAAUCCAAAAUGUUGGUAUACUUAUUUUUGUUUUUUACUGUGUAGAUAAUGCUCUAGAUUAUGCUGAACAUAUGUUUUAGUGUGUGCUUCAAUAUAUUGUCCUUGGGAAAUUAAACAUGAAGAAUUCAGUAUGUGCCUAAUGAACAGAUUGUGUGUGCAGGUAUUUCCCAUUUCCAGCCCAUAGAUCAGGUUUGUUUGCAACUAUACAAAUAUAGAUGAGUUUAACUGUCACCAAUUGAAUGCAGCUGUGUGUACUGACACAAGGCUUGUGAUAGUCACGCUAUUGUACUGGAAUGUUGUUCUAACAGAAAUGACUUGCACUUUCUUUACAACUAUUAAACUCCACCCUCUGCCUUAACA